AUGGUUAUUGACAGUGUUGACGACAACUCUCACACCCCGAGGACGGCCCCCACGACCAUCACAGCCAGCAGCAGCAUCACCAGCGGUACAGCUAGCAGCAUCACCAGCGGUACAGCCAGCUGCAGCAUCACCAGCGGUGCAGCCAGCAGCAUCACCAGUGGUACAACCAGCAGCAGCAUCCCCAGCGGUACAGCCAGCAGCAGGAUCCCCAGCGGUACAGCUAGCAGCAGCAUCACCGGCGGUACAUCCAGCAGCAGCAUCACCAGCGGUACAGCUCCCAGCAACAUCCCCAGCGGUACAGCCAGCAGCAUCCCCAGCGGUACAGCCAGCAGCAGCAUCACCAGCGGUACAGCUCCCAGCAGCAUCCCCAGCGGUACAGCCAGCAGCAGCAUCACCAGCGGUACAGCUCCCAGCAGCAUCCCCAGCGUUACAGCCAGCAGCAGCAUCACCAGUGGUACAGCUCCCAGCAGCAUCACCAGCGGUACAGCUAGCAGCAGCAUCACCAGCGAUACAGCUAGCAGCAGCAUCACCAGCGGUACAGCUAGCAGCAGCAUCACCAGCGGUACAGCCAGCAGCAGCAUCACCGGCGUUACAGCCAGCAGCAGCAUUACCAGCGGUACAGCUAGCAGCAGCAUCACUAGCGGUGGACACGGCGGGGACUAUCCUGUGUCAGGUGGACACGGCGAGGACUAUCCUGUGUCAGGUGGACACGGCGAGGACUAUCCUGUGUCAGGUGGACACGGCGAGGACUAUCCUGUGUCAGGUGGACACGGCGAGGACUAUCCUGUGUCAGGUGGACACGGCGAGGACUAUCCUGUGUUAGGUGGACACGGCGAGGACUAUCCUGUGUUAGGUGGACACGGCAGGGUCUAUCCUGUGUUAGGUGGACACGGCGAGGACUAUCCUGUGUCAGGUGGACACGGCAGGGACUAUCCUGUGUCAGGUGGACACGGCAGGGACUAUCCUGUGUUAGGUGGACACGGCAGGGCCUAUCCUGUGUCAGGUGGACACGGCGGGGACUAUCCUGUGUCAGGUGGACACGGCGAGGACUAUCCUGUGUCAGGUGGACACGGCAGGGACUAUCCUGUACAAGGUGGACACGGCAGGGCCUAUCCUGUGUCAGGUGGACACGGCGAGGACUAUCCUGUGUUAGGUGGACACGGCGAGGACUAUCCUGUGUUAGGUGGACACGGCGAGGACUAUCCUGUGUUAGGUGGACACGGCAGGGACUAUCCUGUGUCAGGUGGACACGGCGAGGACUAUCCUGUGUCAGGUGGACACGGCGAGGACUAUCCUGUGUCAGGUGGACACGGCGAGGACUAUCCUGUGUCAAGUGGACACGGCAGGGACUAUUCUGUGUUAGGUGGACACGGCAGGGACUAUCCUGUGUCAGGUGGACACGGCGAGGACUACCCUGUGUCAGGUGGACACGGCGAGGACUAUCCUGUGUCAGGUGGACACGGCGAGGACUAUCCUGUGUUAGGUGGACACGGCAGGGACUAUCCUGUGUUAGGUGGACACGGCAGGGACUAUCCUGUGUCAGGUGGACACGGCAGGGACUAUCCUGUGUCAGGUGGACACGGCGAGGACUAUCCUGUGUCAGGUGGACACGGCGAGGACUAUCCUGUGUCAGGUGGACACGGCGAGGACUAUCAUGUGUCAGAAGCAGUAAUGCCGCUGUUACCAGUUAUGAAUGUUACAGAAGUCUGUAACGUAAGUCUUUAA